UAUUUGUGUCUUCCUGUCUCUGCGUCUCUCACCUUUCUUUUCUGGUGAAAUAUAUUUCCUAGAGGCCUGUGUCUUCUUCCACCACCAAACCAAAACCGCACAAUCCAAAGGACAAAAAGAGAGUAGGGAAGAGAGAUGGGUAGGGCUCCGUGCUGUGACAAGGCCAACGUGAAGAAAGGGCCUUGGUCUCCGGAGGAGGACUCCAAGCUCAAGGAGUUCAUAGAGAAGUAUGGGACUGGUGGCAAUUGGAUCUCUCUUCCUCACAAAGCUGGGCUAAAGAGAUGCGGUAAAAGUUGCAGGCUGAGAUGGCUCAACUACCUGAGGCCCAACAUAAAGCACGGGGAGUUCUCGGAUGAUGAGGACAGGAUAAUAUGCGGCCUCUUCGCUAGUAUUGGAAGCAGGUGGUCCAUCAUAGCUGCCCAGCUUCCAGGCAGGACAGAUAAUGAUAUCAAGAACUAUUGGAACACCAAGCUUAAGAAGAAGCUCUUGGGGAUUGCUCCUUCCCAAAGGAAAUCACAUCAACAGCAACAACAACGGAAGCAGCAGCAGCAGCAGCUACUCUUCCCAUCACCAUCCUCGUCCUCACAAGGCAGCCGCUACACCUCUCCACUUCCCCCCCUCCCAGUCCUCGAAAGCUUCCCCAAAAUCUCGCAGGAUGCCUUCACCAUUGUUCCUACCACCACUUCUUCCACUCUCUUGCAAGGCCCAUCUUAUCAGUACCAGAUGAAGGAAAGUGGUAAUAACACGAUCAUGUUUGGAAGCGAGCAUAGCUGCAGCUCAUCUGAUGGGAGCUCCACACAGAUCAGCUAUGGAAAGAUGGACCAUAACUAUAUUUGUAGAGGUGGUGGAGGGGAACAGAUGGGCUUUGAGAGUUCUCUCUGUGGUGGUGGGAUCGAGGACUAUGGGCCGUCACGGCUGUGGGAAGAAGCUCCAUUAGAGUAUAAUUAUGAGGAGAUCAAGCAGCUUCUCCGCGGCAACAACGAUCACUAUUUCUAUUGAUGACUCAACGGCGGUGGAGGUAGGGGGGAGUUUCAGAGCCCAAGGAAGGGUCAUGUACCGCUUCAGAAUGUAAAGAUAAAAUCAUAAGAUCUUUUUAGAGGUAUGGUUGUGUGGUAUCUGAUGAGGACUUUGACGGUACAUAGGUUAAAACGAGGGUGUUUGCAAUUGGCCUGUGAUUUGAUGCUUGGUGUAUGGUACAACCCUUCCUCUGUCCCACAAUUCAUAAAAAAAAAAAAAAAGUACAUUGGAGCGGUAGCAGUCGCAUUCUUGGAGAAAA